UCUAAUAUUUUUAUUGUUGUGUGUUUGUUGGAGUGUUGGGGUGGAGUGUUGGAGGUGUGUUGGAGGAGUGUUGGAGGGAGUAUAACCCCCGCUGAUGGUGUUGGAGAAGUGAAUGGACCUCCAACAACAUGACGCCGGUCAAGUAUUUAACCUCAGAACAGCUGAUAGGCUUCGAGAAUUAUAAGUACAGUGCCCAAGACACAAGUCCGCUCAGCAACUAUUUAAUGCAUCCGUUUUGGAAUGCUGUUGUAAAGAUAUGUCCACGUUGGAUUGCACCCAAUGUUCUCACAUUCGUGGGAUUCCUCUUCACCGUUGGGAAUUUUGUCCUGCUAGCUGUCUAUGAUUAUAGUUACUAUGCCUCCAGUGACCUGCCGCCGGGAGAUCAGUACCCGCCCAUUCCAAACUGGGUGUGGAUAGCGUGUGCAGUCAGUCAUUUCAUGGCACACACAUUAGAUGGAAUAGACGGCAAGCAAGCUCGGAGAACUGGGACCAGUGGCCCAUUGGGUGAGCUCUUCGACCAUGGACUAGACUCCUGGACGACGUUCUUCAUCCCGGCCUGCGUGUGGUCAGUGUUUGGCAGGGUGGACUACAGUAUUUCUCCAAUCCGGUUCUAUUUUGUACUCUGGAACGUUAUUACCUGUUUCUGUACAUCCCAUUGGGAGAAAUACCUCACCAAGAUUUUGUUCUUACCUUGGGGGUAUGAUAUAUCCCAAGUGCUCAUAUUUUUUAUUUAUUUAUCGACGGGAAUUUGGGGUCAACACAUCUGGAAGUUUGAGAUAUAUGGAGGAAUUUCGUCUGGCGCCAUGUUUGAGUUCAUGAUGUACGCUGGAUCGCUGGGCACUUCUCUCCCUAUGUCGUUUUGGAAUAUAUACAGGUCGUACAGAGAUGAGACCGGGAAGAUGCUGGGCCUCUGGGAAUCUCUGCGACCAUUGUUCACACCCGUUGUGUUCUUCGUCCUCUCCACCGCCUGGGUGUACCAGUCGUCAAUGGAUAUUGUUAAUAAGGACCCCAGGAUGUUCCUCUUCAUGGUCGGCACCAUAUUUGCCAAUGUCAAUUGUCGAUUGAUUGUGUCUCAGAUGAGCAGCACGCGAUGUGAGCUCUUCAACUGGUUGAUGCUGCCUCUGGCCUUGUGUGUGGCGAUAGUGGUGGCAUUGCCAAGCCUAGAGAUGGCGACCCUCCUCGUCAUGAGCAGCAUCGCUACUGUUGCUCACAUUCAUUAUGGUGUCUGUGUGGUCCGGCAAAUGUGCGAGCAUUUUCACAUCAAGUGCUUCACCAUUAAGGAUCGGGCCGAUUGACUACUUGCCGACAGUGCAUAAGUGUUUAGUGGAUGGCCGCCCUUGGAACCAUCAUUCAGUCGAACAAUUUAAACAGUCAUGACUGCUGUUGCGCUGGUAAUGUUUGCAACAUUUUGCAUGACACAAGAGUCGAUGUCUGGAGAUUAUGCGCAAAUACGAUAAGCUGUCUUAUGAACCUCUUCUCUAUAAUGUGAUAUUUUUUGUAAAUGGGGUUGAAAAAAGGCCAUCCAGAAUUAAAAAGGAUGUGAGAAGGCCCUCAUAUUAUGUGUUAUUCAAUUUUAAAUUCACUUUUUCAGUUGCAUUUGCAACAAGAUUUCACUGUAUACAAUGGGAUUGGAAAAAGGCCACCCAGAAUUAAAAAGCACAUGGAAAAGGCCUUCAUAGUACAAGCUAUUCAAUUUGCAAUAGACCUUUUUGGUCGCAUUUGCAAAAAAUUUGUACUGUAUACAAUGGGAUUGGAAAACGGCCAUCCAAAAUUUAAAAAGCACAUGGAAAAGGCCUUCAUAGUACAUGCUAUUCAAUUUUUAUUGGACCUUUUAAGUCCCAUUUUCAAAAAAUUACACUAAACAAUAGCUUUUUAAGACAGCUUACUAUAAUUCAUACUGUAAAGAGGACAUUGCAUAUUUCGACCAUUUUGGUCCACUAUUACGUUGCUCAGUAACUAACUUAACACAUAAUGUACUUAAGUCGAAGUAGCAUUGCAGUAAGUGUCUAGGUACCACUUAAUGCAGUUACACGACUUUAUGCUGCUUUUAAGAUGAGACGGAGGUUUUGAAGUUCCCUUUAUAUUGUGGGUUGUGAAUUGUUCCAACCAUGGUAUUGUGGGUUGUGAAUUGUUCCAGUCACAAUAUUGUGGGUUGUGAAUUGUUCCAGCCACAAUAUUGUGGGUUGUGAAUUGUUCCAGCCAUGGUAUUGUGGGUUGUGAAUUAUUCCAGCCAUGGUAUUGUGGGUUGUGAAUUGUUCCAGCCAUGGUAUUGUGGGUUGUGAAUUGUUCCAGCCAUGGUAUUGUGGGUUGUGAAUUAUUCCAGCCAUGGUAUUGUGGGUUGUGAAUUGUUCCAGCCAUGGUAUUGUGGGUUGUGAAUUGUUCCAGCCAUGGUAUUGUGGGUUGUGAAUUAUUCCAGCCAUGGUAUUGUGGGUUGUGAAUUGUUCCAGCCAUGGUAUUGUGGGUUGUGAAUUGUUCCAGCCAUGGUAUUGUGGGUUGUGAAUUGUUCCAGCCAUGGUAUUGUGGGUUGUGAAUUGUUCCAGCCAUGGUAUUGUGGGUUUUAUUUAUAGUGACAAUAUCUCUUAGAGUAUUAUAAGAAACAUUCGAACAAAAAAUACGAACACCCCAGGACUGUCUUUGUCGAGAGUUAUGAUACAAUCCUUCCCUCUACCUUUCGAGGACGCUUGUGGGUUUAGCGUUUAAUUUAUAAUAAUAUGCCCUUUGAGGAAGGGGUUUGGACACUGCUCUUUCUUCUCUAGAGUCAAAACUGAUGUGUCUGCCAUACCCUAUCAGCUGUGGCAGCCCCGUGGGUUUGGUGUUUCCCCACAAUGAUACAAGUGCGCCUCGCUUUAUGACAGCUUGACUUGCAGUGAUACAGGUGUACCUUACUUUACUACGGUUCAACUUGUGAUGACGAUACAGGUGCGCCUCGCUUUAUGACGGUUUGACCUGUGAUGAUAAUACAGGUGUCCCUCACUUUACGACAGUUCGACCUGCGACAACGAUACAGGUGUGCCACACUUUACGGCGGUUCACCUGCAAUACUUCAACUCUGCGAUAGUGUUACAUGUCCAGUAGUUCUCAAAGGUUUUUUCUGUGUUUAAUCCAAUUUUUGCAAGGCCAUUAUGUUUACUAAACACUGAAGUGCUUUUGGUGUUUAGUUACAGUAAUUAUUUGUUUAUUUACUUGUUCAGUAACAAUAGUUAUUUAUUUAUCAUAUACAGCGGUACCCCGAGUUUUGUACAAAAUUCGUUCCAGAAGGCUGUUCGAGUGCCGCUACCGAACGAAUUUGUUCCCAUGAGGAAUAAUGUAAAUUAGAUUAGUCCGUUUUAGACCCCAAAAAUACACUUACAAAAGCACUGACAAAAAUACACUUACAUAAUUGUUCAAGUUGGGAGCUGUACAAAACUUGGGGUACCACUGUACUCAUCUUACGAUAUUUUCCAACUUGCGAUAUUUUCCAACUUGUGAUACUUUUCAACUUGCGAUAUUUUUCAACUUGCAACAUUUUCCACUUUGCGCCAUUUUCCAACUUGCGAUAUUUUUCAUCUUACGACAUUUUCUAACUUGCGAUAUUUUUCAGCUUACGACAUUUUCCAACUUGCGCCAAUUUCCAACAUGCAACAUUUUCCAACUUGCGACAUUUUCUAACUUACGACAUUUUCCAACUUGCAACAUUUUCCAACUUGCGAUAUUCUUCAACUUACGAUGGGUUUGUCGGAAUGUAACCCCGUUCUAAGUCGAGGACCACCUGUACAUCCUGUGCACUAUUCGUGGAUGCAUUUAAUUUCCCACAGAGAGCAUUCCAGUCACACACACACACUCUGCCCAAACCAUUCUGGCAUCACGUUUCAUAAGCAUGGCGAUUUGAGUCGUUUUCUGGUGCCUGUAAAGGGCGACUCUGUAAGACUUAUAGGGGGGGCUCAAGGGUGACAGUCUGAUUAGUAGUGGAGGCUAGAGGUUAUUAUUAUUAUAUCAAUACACCGGACGUAUCCCACCGAGGCAGGGUGACCUAAAAAAAAACGGAAGCUUAUCUUUUUUAAAUUUAGUAAUACGUACAUACAGGAGAAGGGGUUACUAGCUUCUUGUUGCCUCUUACAGCACACAUGGCUUAUGGAGGAAGGAUUCUAACCCACUUCUCCAUGGAGAUCUUUUUAUUAUUUUUAUAUUUCUUGGUGUAGAAAGACACAUAAGCAAACACUAUGACAUAUUUAUUAGAAAACGUUUCAGUCCUAGGACCUUGAUCACAUCUAACAUACAGAGGUAGAAAGACAUUUAUAGGCAGAGAGUGAGGUGUGAGUUACGCCUAUAUAUAAUAUCUUUCUACCUCUGUAUGUUAGAAGUGAUCAAGGUCCCAGGACUGAAACGUUUUCUAAUAAAUAUGUCACAGUGUUUGCUUACGUGUCUUUCUAAACCAACUUGUCGGUAUUUAUUACCAAGGUUUAUACCAUAUCAUUUCUUAAAUUGUAAUAGAGGUUGUUGCCUCUUUUGAUAGGUAAACUGAAUACUGAUGAAUGACUGUCUGCCAGAAGCUGUAUGAUCAUUCAUGGCUUCGAGUUUAUUAAUGAUGGUGCCAGAAUGAGUUUUAUUGUAUAUUGUAUAUUUUUUCUUUUAACUCGAUGGCUGUCUUCUGCCAGAUCUGGGUGACCCUAGUAAGAAAACGCAUUCAUCAUCAUUCAUUCAACUGCUGUCUUAUCAGAAGUGUGCUGACAGCUCAGAUGACUCUCUGACUGUAACAUCCUCACUCAUCCUUCAGAGUACAGCUACAAUUCCCAUCCUUUUAUCCAAAAUUCUGAAAUUUGAAAAGUUCCGAAAACCGAAGUUUUUUCAUGGAGUGUUGAGCGUCAGCCAUCUCUACAUAACUCCAAUGCCGCCAGGUAUGUCAUAAGAACAUAAGAAAGGAGGAACACUGCAGCAGGCCUGUUGGCCCAUUCUACGCAGGUCCUUCACAAUCCAUCCCACUAACAAUAUUUGCCCAACUCAAUUUUCAAUGCUACCCAAGCAAUAAGCUUUGAUAAUUCCAUUUACUCAUGUGCAAGUCCCACUCAUAUUCAACCCCUCUCACUCAUAAGAAAGGAGGAACACUGGAAUAGACCUGUUGGCCCAUACUAGGCAGGUCCUUCGCAAAUCUGACCCACUAGCAGAAUAAACGUUACCCAAGCAAUAAGCUUUGAUAAUUCUGAGGAAAUGGUGUGGUGAUACCGACAAGAUGUUGAAGAUGAAGCUAAAUUAGUGAUUAAAGAAGACAAUUUAUAACGGAGAAAAUGGAUUGAAGCUGCACUAAUUUCUGUCAGUAACACUAUAAAGCAAAAACCCGGUAGUUACAGUAUUUCAGAAUUACUAAGCAAGAGGAUAUUACCCAUCCUGGGAACUGGUGUUACAUGAUGCCAGCAGGUCCCUCUCUAGCAUCACCUACUUAGUUCCACUACUACUACUACUACUACCACCUCUACCCACGCGUCACUUCACCUGACUCCUGCCGCUAUAUAUAUACGUUUUCUUAGUUUUCUCUGUAUUAGGACUGAAGAAGCCACUCGUGGCAAAACGUUUCCUCUAAUAAAUGUCCUGAACUGUACAUAUUUGAUAAUUCUAUUUACUCACAUGCAAGUCCCACUCAAAUCCAACCUCUCUCACUCAUGUAUUUAUCCAACCUUAUUUUGAAACUACCCAAGGUUUUAGCUUCGAUAGGACCUUGGGUAGCUUUACAAAGAGAUUGGACAAAUGUAUGAGUGGGAGAAGCUGGGUGUGAUUGGUGUCAUGGGUACAUAAUAACAUAAAGGAGGAACACUGCAGUAGGCCUGUUGGCCUAGACCUUCAUUCUGAAAUUCGAAACACUGCUGGCCCCCAAGGGUUUUGGAUAAAGGGAUGGGAACUGUACUGUACUUCCCACUUCCAGUCCUGUAACGUCCUGGUAAAGGGCUCUUGAUCCAAGGGAAAAGACCUGCCCUUCCUCAGGGUCAAACAAGCACCAUGUAACCCCCUAUGGGUUUAGCAUCUCCCCAUAAUACAGUGGACCCCCACAUAACGAUCACCUCCCAAUGCGACCAAUUAUGUAAGUGUAUUUAUGUAAGUGCGUUUGUACAUGUAUGUUUGGGGGUCUGAAAUGGACUAAUCUACUUCUCAAUAUUCCUUAUGGGAACAAAUUCGGUCAUACUGGCACCUGAACAUACUUCUGGAAUGAAAAAAUAUCGUUAACCGGGGGUCCACUGUACUAAUAUGAUAACUUUCCUGACCUUCUUUGACCAGAAGUAGAUGAGAGGAAUGGAUCUUAACUCUGCUGGUAAAGGUGGCACUUAUACCAUGUAUGUGUAUAUAUAUAUAUAUAUACAGCCUCUCCUCAUGGAGUUGUGUUCCUAAGACAACGUCGUUAAACGAAUUCGUCACUAAGUGAGGAACAUACUAUAAUGGUAGUGGGUUUGUGUCAACCAUCUUUGAUAUUGUUUUAACGUCACCUUUGUACCAUUUAUAACAUUUCUGGUAUAUUUUUAAAUGUAUAUACAGUAGUGUACUGUAUAUUGUAAUAAACAGAACAGAGGAAAUCAACUCUAAUAUACAUUAUUUAGGUAUGCAUAUUGAUCAGACAGCCCGUCGUAAGUCCGAGUCAUCGGUAAAUGAGUACGUCGCUAAGUGAGGAGAGGCUGUGUAUAUUUAUGUUAGUGUGGUUGAAUUGACAAUACUAUUGAUGCCAUCACGAAGGUGUGGUUUAAUUUUAAUGGAACAGAGUUGACUAGUGUGGAUAUAUUGUAGUUGAGAGAUGGAUAGUUGUGUUUUGUACCACUUACAUACAGUCAUUUGUUUUAUAAAGCUCCUCUGUAUAGGGGACUUGAGCUAGAGUGGGACACAGCCAUGUUGGUGUGGGAUUCAUUGGUAAAAACUUGCAUUUGUGGUCACAGUGGUGGCCCAGGAUGACCUUCCUAUGGUGUGUAGAAAUGUACCUAGUUGGAUGACUCUUAUUGUAGCCAGCUGGUACAGUUGUUAAUGCACUGGCUUGGAGUUUUAGCACACAAAUUCCAUGAGUUCUAACCCCACCUGUUCCCUGAUUUGUUUACACUCGUGUUUUUAUGAUUUUGUGAAUCGUGCAUUGUUUUACAAAUACAGUUGAAGUGCAUCGGAAAUUGAAUAGCACAGGCUGUGAAGGUUUUACAAAAAAAUUACACUAAGGAGGCGUUUUAGAAGAGAACUGACCGUAUAUGAAUUUUCGUCUGGUAGGGAAGCAAACGAUGCAUAGCGUACAACGAACACGACAAUAAGGUUUUAGCUAGCGUCUCGGAGGGGAAGCAUUCGCUGCGUACCCACUGUUUGCUCCACGGCAAUGGCAGUCGGUGGCCCGAGGGCCAAUCGCACAGGUUUAUGGCAUUUUAUUGAGAGAAUAUCCAGCAGGACUUUAUCAAUAAAGUUCUGGGCAAAUUUUUGUCUUGAUGAAGCUCAAUAAAGCAAAUUUUUUGUCUCAUUACCAUUUUUGUGUUAUGCUAAGUACAGUAAAGCAUCAAUUUAAUGCUAUAAUAAUAAGAAGAAUAAAGAUGCUGGUAGCUGAGAAUCCAUUUAUUACAGUGUUUCUGUUGUGGCUUUAUUAAGUACAUAUCUUCUUUCUUUCAACACACCGGCUGUAUCCUACCGAGGCGGGGUGGCCCAAAAGGAAAAACGAAAGUUUCUCCUUUUACAUUUAGUAUAUACAGGAGAAGGGGUUACUAGCCCCUUGCUCCAGGCACUUUAGUCACCUCUUACAACACGCAUGGCUUAUGGAGGAAGAAUUCUGUUCCACUUCCCCAUGGAGGAUUAAGUACAUAUACUUUAUUAUAUUUGAUAAAGCCCAGCUUUGAGCUCUCUGCAACUGGCAUUUUUAUUUGUUGACGUUUGACGUUAUUUACCUGAUGGGCGGCAGCGGAUUGGUGAUAAUGGCAACUGUGGCUGAUAGAGGUGAGGUUUUGCUGCGGUCGUGACUAUAGCGGAAAAUUUUGCAUGCGGAAGACUUUAUCCACUAGUUCUCAGUCAGCUGACCAAUCGGAUUAUGGCCUGUACGGUAAACUUUGUUAUCAAGAACCUCUAAUGCAAUUUUUUGUAUAUGCAGUUGAGAGAAAAAUUGCAUCCAAAAUUGAAUUGUUUGGAAAAUCCUUUGUUGUCCGUGCUAUUAAAUUUUAUAAGAGAGAUGAUUGUCUUGCCGAAGUCCAAUAAAUAAAUGCUUUACUGUACAUCAAUCAAGAGUUGGUUGGUGCUGCUGGAGCAUCGCCAGGCAUGAAUCAACAUCACCCAGGAUGGCUUACAACUUUCAAAUGCUACCGUUCCAAACAAUGGAUAAAUAACGAAUCAUUCCAGCCGCAGUAUUACAUGAGUCUUUGUAGCAACGCAUUGCGUGAAUAGCCACGAAUAUAGGGGAUGCAUAAUGCACUAAUAGAAGCUAGCUUGCUUACUAAUCUACAUUAGUGAGACCCCUUUUUAACAAAUUCUCUACUUCUUCCUUACUGCGUCACCGCUUAAAGGUUAUUCUUGAUAGAUUUGUUGCAUCGAGUAGGAAGAAUUCACAAAAUGCACUUGCGAAGAAGUUCAUUGGCUCGCUGGUAAGGGGUCUACGACUGAAGUGCCUUGGCAUUGGUCCAGGAUCGGAACAUUGUUUCUUCUCGUGAGUGCAGGCGUUUUAUGAAUUUUUCCAGCCCCGUUGUUGUGAUUUUCCACUAUUACUUGCUGUUACAGAACAGUGCCUGGUCACAUACUGCUAUCUAGCAGUGCUAUGUUACAAUAUACUACCACCUAGCAGUGCUAGGUCACAAUAUACUACUGCCUAGCAGUGCUAGAUCACAAUAUACUACCACCUAGCAGUGCUAGGUCACAAUAUACUACUGCCUAGCAGUGCUAGGUCACAAUAUACUACCACCUAGCAGUGCUAGGUCACAAUAUACUACCACUUAGCAGUGCUAUGUCACAAUAUGCUACCACCUAGCAGUGAUUGGUCUCAAUAUUCUAUCCUCCUAGCAGUGAUAGGUCACAAUAUACUGCCAUCUAACAAUGCUAGGUCACAAUACACUACCACCUAGCAGUGCUAGGUCACAAUAUACUACUGCCUAGCAGUGCUAGGUCACAAUAUACUACUGCCUAGCAGUGCUAGGUCACAAUAUGCUACCACCUAGCAGUGAUAGGCCACAAUAUACUACCACCUAGCAGUGCUAUGUCACAAUAUGCUACUACCUAGCAGUGAUAGGUCACAAUAUACUGCCAUCUAACAAUGCUAGAUCACAAUACACUACCACCUAGCAAUGCUAGAUCACAAUAUACUACCACCUAGCAGUGCUAGAUCACAAUAUACUACCACCUAGCAAUGCUAGAUUACAAUAUACUACCACCUAGCAAUGCUAGAUCAUAAUAUACUACCACCUAGCAAUGCUAGAUCACAAUACACUACCACCUAGCAAUGCUAGAUCACAAUACACUACCACCUAGCAAUGCUAGAUCACAAUACACUACCACCUAGCAAUGCUAGAUCACAAUACACUACCACCUAGCAAUGCUAGAUCACAAUACACUACCACCUAGCAAUGCUAGAUCACAAUACACUACCACCUAGCAAUGCUAGAUCACAAUACACUACCACCUAGCAAUGCUAGGCCUCACUAUAUAGUUUCUCUAUAUAAUGAGAUACUUAGCAACUACUAUUGAAAAAGUAAAUCAAAAAUUAAAUAUAAUGUACUACAAAGGCCUUUCCAUACGCCGUUCAGUUUUGGACAGACUUUCUCAAGUCACACUCGCUAAAAAUCACACCAUGCAGAGGAGGCCUAUAGGAGCGCGGACUAUUUGCUGCGACUGACUGGGCCCUGGUACUCUUCUUAACUUAUUGCUUUGUGCCUUGAGUUGCGAGUUUGCCGGUCGAUUGGAUAAUUUAAGGUGCGAUAAUAAUUAACCUCUCAUACGCCUGAUUUUUGCCCCUGCACAAAAUUAUCCAGAUAUUACGCAUGUAAUUAACCCCCCAAAGGAAUAUAUAAAUACCCGCUCAUUAGUUUGGUAUAAAUAAGGCAAUUUUUAGGCAGGUUAUUAAGAGCAAAUUCGACCGCUGAAUUCUGGUAAAAAAUGCCUUGAAAUUCUAUGCAUGUGAAAAUUUAUGUUACUCUUGGCUUUAUUAUAAGGUUUGUGUAGUGUGAUUCUUUUUUUUUUAAUGCGAUUGGAAAAUUUUGUCUAAAAUUUAUUAUUGUAUACUAUGAGGGUCUUUCAGUUGCAUGUAGAAAUAUUUUUACUGAAUACGUAUCAUACUGUAUACUGUGGUAUAUAUUGUAGUGUUUAUAGUAGUACAGUGGAACCUCAAAAAUCGAACUGCUCCCAACACGACCAAUUAUGUAAGCGUAUUUUCGUAAGUGCUUUUAUAAGUGUAUUUUUGAGGGUCUGAAAUGGACUAAUCUAAUUUAUAUUAUUUCUGAUGGGAAUAAAUUCAUUUGGUAAAGGCACUCGAACAGCCUUCUGGACCGAAGAAAGUUCGAUAUUUGAGGUUCCACUGUACAUGUAUAUAUCGUACUGGAUGUCAUAGUGGUCACCAUCAUUCAGUCAAUAGUUGUCUUGCUCAGACAUUGCAGUGCAAGUGACCUUUUCAACCUUAUGAGCUCCACUCAGAGUGCAGGCGCUCUGCUAGAGUGUUCCUCCGAAUCCCUGCGUUAAUCCCGUCUUUCUUGCACUCCGACAACACGCCAAAUCCUGCCCUGGAACUACAUGUACUUGCAUUCACUCCCACAUCCUCUUAAAAAAAAACAAAUCAAAAUUAAUACGAACUUGAAAGAAAAGUGGUCAAAAUAUUAGUAAUGGACACAGGUGAUUGGUUUAAAAAGAUAUGUGUGAUAUGCUCGAGAUUGGAGGAUGGCAAUGGUGUCUUGCAUGUCCAAGUACAGUGGACCCCCAGUUUACGAUAUUAUUUCAUUCUAGAAGUAUGUUCAGGUGCCAUUACUGAACGAAUUUGUUCCCAUAAGGAAUAUUGUGAAUUAGAUUAGUCCAUUUCAGACCCCAAACAUACACAUACAAAUGCACGUACAUAAAUACACUUACAUAAUUGGUCGCAUUGGGAGCUGAUCGUAAACUGGGGGUCCACUGUAUUUCCUUGCAUGUCUUUAGAGCAAAAAAGUGACAUUAUCAAAAUUGAAAGAUCCAAAAGGUUUCUAGCGUAUCCUCACGUGUCUUUUUUAGUAAAAAAAAAAAAAAUGCAAGUGGACCCACUUUACAACAGACCAAUGGGGUGACUGUCGGAGUGUUCAUAUUAA